CUAUUUUUCUUAUAGGAAUUUGCAGUGCAAAUUUUGCACGACCUUGCCUCCUUUUUCUAAAAUGGAAGUUCAUUCCUUUUCGUCGACACAAAAUGAAGAGAAAUUUGUCGAGAAAAAAGAUAAAAAGAUUAAAAGAGGAAUAAUCUAUCUGUCCACAAUUCCGAAAUACAUGAAUGUCACGAUGAUCCAAGAGAUAUUUUCUGCUUAUGGGAAAGUUGGCAGAGUAUAUCUACAGCUAGCUGACAAUGAGACACAGUCAGUGAAACAUAAAAAGAAAAUCAAGAAGGUAAUCAAGUAUUUUACUGAAGGUUGGGUAGAAUUUGAAAGUAAAAAAGUAGCAAAAUUUGUAGCAGAGACAUUAAACAAUACUCAAGUAUCUACGAGAAAGAAAAGCAAAUUCUACGAUGUCAUGUGGAAUAUAAAGUAUUUGCCUAGAUUUAAAUGGACUCAUUUGAGUGAACGAUUAGCAUAUGAACGUGCAGUCCAUAAACAAAGACUUCUAAUAGAGAUAGCACAAGCUAAGAGAGAAAUUAACUUCUUCUCAUAUAAUGUAGACAGAAGUAAGAAGUUGCAUAAAAAACAUAAACAAGGAGAAGAAACGACAUUUGAAUUGCCUGAAGUUAAGCAAAGAGAUACUGAUAUUGAAAUAAGGAACCGAAAAGCAGAGACGCAAGUAGAAGACAGAACAGAGUUCCUUAAGUCAAUAUUUGGAUAAAAUUUUUUUAAAUUGUUAAACUUUCAAAGAUGUCAGUUGCUAAAACAAAAUAAUGUGUAAAAUCUAACACAGGUAUAAUACAUGCGUUAGAUUUCCAUCGAUGAGAACAUGCUACAACGGUCAAGUUGGAUCUCGGGUGCUUUUAUAUAAUUGUCUAUGAAUUUAUAUACUAUGUAUGUAGAUUUUUAAUUGUGCGCCGAAUUUUUUAGACUUGAAACGCAACACUACUAAUGGCGAAUUUGAUUGGGAUGCACCAGUGCAGGGUGAUUGCACCAGUUCAUCUUUUUUCCUUUUCCCUUC